GAACCCUCUCAGUACUACCUCUACGUUUUUCCAGUGAAAUUCAAAAUACGCGGUUACUUUUCUGUUUCAAAAUGGGCAAUAAAAUUUAUUUAAUGUUUUUGCUCGUCAUUUUCAGCUUCGCCACAAAGGCAACAGCUCGCCCACAAGCACCAGGUUCUACGUGUGGGCCAAAUUCCCAAUAUACAACAUGCGGCACUGCUUGCCCAGCCAAGUGUAGCGAUAAUCCACUAUUGGGACAAGUUUGCACUGCGCAAUGUGUCGUCGGCUGUCAGUGUAAUCCAGGUUAUGUGCUGAACAAUGCCGGAAAUUGUGUGCUGAGGAGUGAAUGUUAAUGAAUGCUCACUUGGAAUACCUGAGUGGUGCUUAUUUCUUAGAAAUCAUAUUUUUGGAAAUCAUUAAUUUGUAAAAUUUUUGUAUUGCUAAGAGAUCCAGAAGCAUGCAGAGAGAAAUCUCUCAGAAGAAAUGAAAAACGUCAAGUUUGAUUAAAUAAAAUAUAAACAUAAAAGUGAA